CUCAACUCUUUCGUUUCCCACCAUCGAAAGGAAGAAAAACCAAAACCCAACACCUUACAAAAAAAUUCCUCUGGUCACGCCAACUCGCAACUUCACCAGCAGCCUUCACAAGUUAACUCUCGUGCCAUGAGAGCGCGGCAAAACCCAUUUUGACUCGCCAUUUCCCUACUGCAUUAAAUACUCUGCCCCUAUCUCUGUUAGCUGCUGCAGCUGAGAAACAGAGGAAAAAGGAAAGAAACCCCAAAAAUUAAAUCAUGGGUUUGCCUUUACUUGUUGAGGUGCUCAUCAUCAUCAAUUUGAGCGGAUUAGCUUUCGCCGACGAUGCUGCAAAUGGCGCUUCGUUCAUCUUUGGGGAUUCUCUGGUUGAUGCUGGCAACAACAACUUCAUCUCCACUCUGUCCAAGGCCAACAUUCGGCCUAACGGGAUCGAUUUCGCGGCGUCCGGUGGGAGCCCCACCGGCAGAUACACCAACGGGAAGACCAUCAGUGACAUCGUCGGGGAAGAACUUGGGCAGACGAACUACGCACAGCCGUUUCUAGCACCCAACACCACCGGAAAGGCGCUCCUCUCAGGGGUCAACUAUGCUUCCGGCGGCGGAGGGAUCAUGAACGCCACCGGAAGAAUAUUCGUCAACAGGCUGGGCAUGGACGUGCAAAUCGACUACUUCAACAUCACGAGGAAGCAGCUUGAUCAGCUUCUGGGAACAUCCAAGGCCAGGGAAUUCAUCACCAAGAACUCCAUCUUCUCCAUCACCGUCGGAGCCAACGAUUUUCUCAACAACUACCUCCUCCCUGUUCUGUCCGUCGGCGCCAGGAUUUCGCAGAGCCCUGAUGCUUUCAUCGACGACAUGAUCUCCCAUUUGAGAGGUCAACUCACUAGGCUUUACCAAAUGGACGCUCGGAAGUUUGUGAUUGGCAACGUUGGGCCGAUUGGAUGCAUUCCGUACCAGAAGACGAUAAACCAGUUGAAGGAGAAUGAGUGUGUGGAUUUGCCGAACAAGCUUGCGCUUCAGUACAAUGGCAGGUUGAAGGAUUUGCUUGCGGAGAUGAAUGACAACAUGCCUGAUGCCGUGUUUGUUCACGCCAAUGUCUACGAUUUGGUCAUGGAGCUCAUCAGCAAUUAUGGCAAAUACGGAUUUGCGACGUCAAGUAGGGCAUGUUGUGGAAAUGGAGGGCAAUUCGCUGGGAUAGUUCCAUGUGGACCAACAUCAAGUAUGUGCGCAGAUCGUUCGAAGCACGUGUUUUGGGAUCCAUACCAUCCGAGUGAGGCUGCCAAUGUGAUCAUCGCUAAACAACUUUUGGAUGGAGACACUAAAUACAUCUCUCCCAUGAACCUUAGGCAGCUAAGAAACCAUUGACCAAUUGCAUGAAAGAAGAAGAAAUUGUUUUUGGGUCUUAAUUUGUGUGUGUGAAAUUGGAACGGAUGGUGCAUGCAUGAGUGUUUUAGUUUCACAAGUGGGAUUUGUAUGUUUUUAUAGGUUAUUUUGUUUGUUAUUUUCCUCUUUUGAACAACAGCCGAAUUACUUUUAUCUCUUACAAUUUAUUUCCAAAUCUUUUGUGAGUAUCCAAAAUACUCAUUUAAAGAGAGAGAAAA